UUCAAUCACGUCUGAUCACCUGAGAGUUGGGUCUCAGAGCACUGGAUUCCAGAUCGGCGGCGGAACGGAAGCUCGAUGUGUGCGGUGCCCUGUGUCGAGAUCAUCGGAGCACGUUACGACCAAAAGUGCCAAAUCUUCCUUUUGGUCUUUAUUGUGUGGGGUCUGGAAGGGUUCAAGUCUUGAGAUUUGAAAAUGUGUGCGGCAGGCCUCAGACAUGCGGCCGUCGUUUGUGUCACACAACAAGUGUUUAUUUCAAACACAGCCGCGCACGCAAGCAGCUGCAUCAUGUCAGGUCUUUGCUGGUGGUCCCGAACGCAAAGUACAGGAUGUUGUCGUGUGUUGUGGCAGCAGCAGGUGGGAUGAGACACACGCGCACGCACACACAUCUCAGGCCCUGUACACGUAAAAGGAUUUUCCCAAAUCUGAAAAGAUGAUUUAUCUGCGACAGACCCCCCCCCACAUAAAGAUCCUAAACGUGGCAUUCGGCAGUUGUGUGUGGUGUGCGCCGAUCAUUUCGACACAGGACACCACGCGCAUCAAGAUUCUGCGCCGCCGCUCAUCUGAAAAUUUCGCGUGAUCUCACUAAAAUGAAGACGAGCAGACACUUGCGGCUAUGCGCCGAUGUUACCCGGAUGUUUCCGAGGGCACCGCAGGCGGGACGGUGUUAAAAAAAAGACUACGAGGAACCGCCGCUACACAAAAUCCGACAUCUUCGUUUGAUUGGCUACAUUCCGUUUCACGUCACCGUUCAUGGCGUCACGAUUCGGGAUGAAGAGUUUUAAACGCGUUCGUUAUUUAAGAUUGUCGGCCCCCCACAAAAAAUCGCUCUCGACCGAACGACUGUCGUAUCAGCUCCUCUUUUAAGACGGAAGAUCGUCUGGCGUAUUACGUGGUCGAUCGGAAGGGGCGAAAUCGGCACAAAAAGAUGCCGAUCGUCUGGAUGAGUGUAGCGCCCUUAACAGCUUGGUUGCGGCGCUUCGCCAGCAGCGGGCGUGAUGUUCGCGCACACGUGCGUGGGCCGAGGGUCAAAGUGCGUGUGUGCCUAAGACGAAGAAAACUUCCCUCAGUGCUGAGCCUGCGAUUGUGUUCUUUGAAGCUUGUUUUUGCUAGCAAUACGGUGGCCGUCGGCGAGGGGGCGUGGCCUGCGCAAAACAUGAGGAUUGGAAGACAGGAAGUUGUCGCGGGGAAUAACAAAAACACACCUGACGGAACAAAACAAACAAAACCUUCCUGCUGGGUUUUCCGGAGUGGUCCGCUCGGGGUCAACUUCCUCCAGCGGCCUCCGUGGAUUUCCCAAAAGUUUUCUCUCCGAGGAGUGUCCAGAACAUUCCUGGCGGGGGGGGGGGGGGGGGGGGGCGCACAGAUGAAGACGGCGGAGCUGUCGUUUCCCAGGGUUCCGGCUGGGUUGCCACGGUUACCAGAUCGGGGUCAGAGCACCGGCCUCGGCAGACGUCUUGAGGAGGCCGUCUUCGUCAUCUUCGUGUUCCAAAACGUAACCCUGUCUUGAUCGGCACGUCGACUGGCAUCAUUAGCGCGUUUGUUAGCAUAUUGACUAGCAUCAUUAGCAUCAGCGAUGAAACCAAAAUUUGCCAAUCGUGCGGGUUUUGCCAGCUUGUGAGAAGGAUGAAAGACGUUUGUGAUCUCGUUGGGAAAGUUUGGAGCGACAAACAAAGAAACAACAAAGAAAUGGGUUGUGUCCUGACUGGGACUUCUUUUUUUUGUUUCCAUCUUGUUUUUGUUGUUGCCGGGAACUCCUGCGGCGAGUUCCCUUUUUGUGUCCGGCGGGCUUUUGCUCCCGGGAAGAAAGCGUCAGCGGGGUUUCUGCCGCACCCCCGAAAACCUCACAAAGCUAACAAAAGCUCCCACCUCGUCCUCCCCCGCCGGUGGCCCGACUUAAAGAGGUGCAUGAAUAACGCCACGCACGCACGCACGCACGCACGCACGCAGAAUAGUGAGUGGCUGCAUAGUUCAUCGUUGGGUUUUCAAAGGGGGUUCGGGUGGGGGGAUUCUUAGGAGGUUGAUGGCACAAAUGCAGUAAUCAGAUUACUUCUUGACAAUUCCCGCACUUCAGAGCUUUUCUUUUUCUUCUUUCUUUUGUAGAUGAGAGAAAAGUGAAAAGGACAGUGUGGAAGGAAUGUGGAGAGUGGGCGGGGCCACGGCGGCUUAGCCAACAAAGAAAAGAAUUGAAAGCUUGGAUGAAUCAAUGCGGCCUUUCCUCGCGUGUGCGUGUGUGAGAUAGUGCCGGGGUUUGCGUGCGUGUGGAAUUCUGUUCACAAGUGCGUGUGUGUAAACACGAUGAUGUUGUCACGCCGCGGCCACGCCUCCUCUCACGUUCCGUGCCGUCCUGUCAGGUUGCGGGCGGGGUCCGCCAUGACUUCCUGCUGAAUAUCAGGCGGUGAUGCUAACAAGGGGCGGGGCCAAAGAGGACAAAAGAGGAGGAGCCGGUCAAGUAGGCCCCUCCCCCCGCAUGAGGAGCAGGCGGCACGUGGGCGGACUCGGGAUGUGGGCGGGGCUGGUGGCCCUGCUGGCGGCGGCAGUCGGCGAGGCCAACGUGGAGGCGGACGCCCGGAUCGGCCAGCUGGAGGCGUCCAUGAGCUCCUCCCUCCUCCGAGACUUCCGGGAAGCGACCCGCGACGACGCCAGGCGCAACUUCCCUGACGCCGCCGCGGCGGUGGGGCGCCUCUUCCGCAUCGAGGUGCCCGCCGCCAAGAUGGACGACCCGCUGUUGGAAACGUCGGAGUCUGGGAAGGACGGUCUUCCAUCCUGGCUGCACUGGGACGCCCCCCACAGGACACUGCAGGGACUGCCGCUGGAUGAGGACAUCGGCAUCUACUACAUCUCGGCCGGCGUCUCCAACGAGUCGUUUUUGUCCUCGUCUUCGUCUUUCCCGGAGGUCUUCUCCGUCGAGGUUCGCGCCGAGGACCCGUCGGAGGCGGAGUCUUCUCAGACGCCGACCGAUCGAGCGGGCGCGGACGGCCGGUGCGGCCCCGACGAAUCGGUCACCGUGUUGACGGUCAUCCUGGAUGCGGACUUGACCAAGAUGAGCUCCCGCCAGAGGGUGGAGCUGCUGAACAACAUGAGGAGCUUCUCGGGGGUGGAGCUCUCCCUCAUGAGGGUUCUUCCCGUGGUCAACAACAGACUCUUCGACAUGUCCGCCUUCAUGGCCGGACCGGGCAACGCCAAGAAGGUGGUGGAGAACGGCGCCUUGCUGUCGUGGAAGCUCGGCUGCGCGCUGGACCAGAGCGGCGUACCGAAUCUGGCCGGGCUCCAGGGCCCGGCCAAGGAGGGCGCCAUGUCCGCCAAGCUGGGGUACCCCGUGGUGGGCUGGCACGUGGCCAACAAAAAGCCUCACGUGGCCAAGCGUGUUCGGCGCCAGUCGAACAACACGCCCACGCCGGUCCUGACGUCGCUCCCGCCAUCUUCCGCGGCGGAGCCGCCCGUCCGAAUGGUCCCGACGCUGUCGUCCCCGUCCGUCGCGGCGCCCCCCCGGAGCUCUGCGCCGCCCGUGCGGGGGCCCGUCCCGCUGCCGGGAAAACCCACCAUUCGGGUCCGAGACCCCGUCGCCCGCACGCCCACCGUGGAACCUCCUCAACCCACCAGGGCGAUGGAGACCACCAGCUCCGUCCUCAUCGAGCCCACCGCCACCCGGCCCGUCCACGUGGAACCCACCGCCGCGCCGCCCACACGGAAACCCACCAGGAAGCCCAAAAGACCCAAAACCACGGCGGCGCCCCGCGAGCCAAAGACGUCCACGGCCAAGCCGUCUCGCCGCACCACACCUCCGCCGGGAGUCCUCCCGGAUCCGUACAAUGAAAAACCGGUUUUGCGUAAUCCCGUCGACCAGGUGAACGCUCUGGUGGGGACGUACUUCGAGGUGAAGAUCCCUUCGGACACUUUCUUCGACAAAGAAGACGGAACCACCGACAAGCUGCGGCUUACCUUGAGGAAGAAACUGAACGAAGCGGUGGGAGAAGGUUCCUGGAUCCAGUUCAACAGCACCAGCCAGCUGCUUUAUGGCCUCCCCGAUGCGCAUCACGCCGGCAAGCACGAGUACUUCGUGCAGGCCACCGACAGAGGAGGCCUGAACGCCAUCGACGCCAUCGAGGUCCGCGUCAAGCGCUGGCCCGCCAACGACAGAAGUCCCGUGGCGUUCGCGGCCCGACUGGAGGGAGAACCGCGAUGGCUCACCGGCGACAUCCACAAGAAGAUCCUCCUGGUGCGGAAGCUGGCCUACGCUCUGGGAGACCGCAACAGCAGCACGGUGAGCCUGAGGAACAUCAGCAAGGGUUCCAUCCUCGUGGAGUGGACCAACAGCAGCCUCCCGCACACGCCCUGCCCCAAGGAGGACAUCCUGACCCUGAGCAGGAUGCUGGGCGACGCCGACGGGAGGCCCACGCCCAACUUCCGCGACGCCAUGCAGCCCGACUUCCGACCCCUGGGCGUCACGGCCGAGGGGCGGGCCGACUGCGCCGCCUUCUCCUUCAUCCCGCCGGGCGAGACGGAGAUCCCGCCGCCCGCCGCCGUCACCCCGGCCCUCGGGACCGGACGGCAGAGCGCUGACGACGUUUACCUCCACACCGUCAUCCCCGCCGUGGUGGUGGCGGCCGUCUUGCUGCUGGCCGGAAUCGUGGCCAUGAUUUGCUACCGGAAGAAGAGGAAGGGCAAGCUGACCCUGGAGGACCAGGCCACCUUCAUCAAGAAGGGCGUCCCCAUCAUCUUCGCCGACGAGCUGGACGACUCCAAGCCGCCGCCCUCCUCCAGCGCCCCGCUCAUCCUGCUGGAGGAGAAGCCGCCCCUGCCGCCUCCCGAGUACCCCAACGCCGGCCCGCCGGAGACGGCGCCCCUCAACCGGGAGCUCCUGGGCGAGUACGCGGCGCUCCGAGACGACGACCCCAACGCGCCGCCCUACCAGCCCCCGCCGCCCUUCGCCACGCCCCAGGAGGGGAAAGGCUCGCGCCCCAAGAACAUGACCCCCUACCGCUCGCCGCCGCCCUACGUGCCCCCCUAAUUACCCGCUGGCCCCGCCUCCCGCGGCGCUCCCGCUUUGGGCGUCACGAGGACGUACCCGGUGCUAAUGUGCUAACGCUCGGCGCCGCUUCGGGGGAGGGGCUACCGGGGAGGGGGUGGGCUUUGGCAGCUGGGAAGGACUACUGGUGUCGCCGGAUGCUAAGUGACCUUUGACCCCACACACGCCUGACCUUGUGAGACCUGCGCUUACAUCUAUUUCACCUAUUUGUUUUUUUUCUGGACGUUUUCGAACAACAAGGUACAACGCGUGUGUGUGCGUGCAAGCAGGUCGUGAUGGUAACUCACCUUGAGUGUUGCGUGCGCGCGUGACUGCGUGUGCGCGACCGCGUGUAUGCACGUGUGCGUGUUUGUGCAUCUGCGUGCGUGUGUGUAAGAGGUCCAGGUCGUCAUGGUAACUCAACGUGAGCGCAGGUCGAGGCCGUCCGUCCGUCCGUCCGUCCGUGACCUCCGCGUCACAUGACCCGCCUCACCUGAUCAUAUUUCACGAAGUACGUUUGAAUCACUGAAUGUGCUUUCGUUUUGUUUCAUGUGUGAAGCAAUAAAAUGUUUCAAUAUUUGGCACAAAGAUAUUUGUGAUAAAAAACAAAAUGAAAGGGUGCUACGAUGACGAUGACGAUGACGAUGAUGACGAGGCUUGUUUCGGUUCUGAAAUAUUUUUCUACAUACGUCAGAGAACUCGUCAUCUUUUCAAGGACUUUUGAUACAAGUUUGAUUUCUUUGAGGAUUCGUCGACAAGCGCAAACACGACGAUUAGUCAUCCGAAUUAUUUGACGAGUGCGUUCGAUAUUGACUCCUUUUGCUUCUUUUUGACAUUUGAGCAACUUUUUUGCAAUAAUGCCGCUAACAGCUUCGUUUGCUUUCCACAAUAAAAAAAAGGCGACUUUCCGCCACAGCGCC